AUGAGGAUCCGGAAAAGGCCGGUGCUUUUCCCGUCUUCGGUCUCGCCGUUGCCUCUGUCAGAUCCCCACCUGAUCAGCCGGUCGCCGGUGGUGGUGCAACUAAGCGACGCUGCUUCCACCGCAGGGAAACAUUCUUCUCCUUCUUCUGCAGUGCUCCCUCGCCAUGCUGCUUCGUGGAGCUCGGAUCGUUGGCAGCCAUCUGAUCAGCCUCUCCCUUCGAUCGGGAAGCCUAACAACGGCUGGGAUGAUCCCUCCGGCAUCGGUGAAAGUGGGGCACACAGACAGCACAACAAGCAAGACCCUUUGGACGAGGUUGUUAGAAGGGAAGAGAGUGGAGAAGACUCCGGAGAGAAGGGUAAUCAUACCAGGAAAGGACGCAACUUUGGUUUGGAAACACUAGCUGGGGUGUUGCCACCGCUAAGCCCUUCUUCUGUUCAAGAUGGAAGAUGGUACGAGGGAGAGAAAACUAUUCCGCUGAAGAAAAGGAGAGGGGCAUUCGAGGAGAAUAAUAUUGCUGCUCCUGAUAGCAAGAAGAUGAAGGCCAAGAUGAAAACAAAGAUGAACAAAAAGUGUUCCUCGCGCAACGAGGAUAGCAUGGAAGAGGAAUAUGAAGAAGAAGAGAAGGGAGAAGAAACAAAACUGGAUGUAAACGUGAAUGUGAUUGUGAGUAAGAAGAGAGCAAGGGGUAGUGCACUCAUGGAAGGUUCUAGGUGCAGUCGUGUGAAUGGGAGGGGAUGGAGGUGUUGUCAGCAAACGCUGGUUGGUUACUCGCUGUGUGAGCAUCACUUGGGGAAGGGAAGACUCAGAAGCAUGACUAGUGUUAGAAGCCGUUCCAUUGCAUCCACUGCACCAAAGAAGGUGCACAUUCACCACCCUUCUUCUUCUUCUUCUCUUGAGAAGCAAAAUAUGAGUGUUGGUGAUCCUUUGGGAGAGGAAGAGAAGAAGCCAGAGAUAAUCACUAAGAAGAGGAUGAAGCUUGGCGUAGUGAAAGCGCGUUCCAUAAGCAGCUUGCUAGGACAAACAAACACCCACAUUGCUGCUGUAGCUCAUGAGAAUAGCAAGUAA